AUGAUGUUUUGGAUUCUUUUAUUCUUUUUCAAUUCGGUCACUGCUGAAACUCCAAUGGAAAAGUUUAAAUUGUGUCAGAGCGAGAAAUGUAUUCUAAUGCAAUGUUAUUUUCCUGUUUCUGAAUUUCUGAAUGCUACACGAAACGAGUUGAAAAUAUUUGAAAGUUUCAUCGAGUCAAACCAUGUAUUUGUUAGUUAUCAUCUAUGCGAGGAAUUGUCCGUGGAGAACAUCGAUGAAGUUGGUGCAUGUAUCUACAAUGUACUCUUCAAACUCUAUCAGUUUGAUGCGAAUUUGACUGUUCAACAACGAAUACAUGUUCAAGCAGCACAAAUACAGGAUGAAUCGAUAGCUGUGGUUUUCGAUAUGAUAUCGAGGAUUUUGUAUCGUGUCGAAUCUAUUAAUAAUCCGGAUGAAUUAACAAGUUUUAUCGAUAGAUCGAAGAGAGAAGAGGCCGUUGUUGUUAUCAAUGCUCAAUCGCUUACACCAAGAGAACAUCUGAAAGUCAGUCGGAUUAUAUUAAACUAUGGGCCGUGGUUUACUUUUGUCUAUUCUGUUGUGGUAAGUAAUGAAGAGAAAGGUUGCAUGUAUCAGAUUUAUUCGUCAAACAAUGAAAACCCGAAUCGAUUCAAUCCUAUUCUGAUUUGUCACAUAUUUACUCCAAUAUCCAAUAAACGUAUCAAAGUCAUUCCAGUCGACAUAUUCAAGUUUAAAUUGGUCGAUAUUCAAGAUCAUACGUUGUUAAUGGCACCUUUCCCAUUCUAUCUGUAUUGGUCUGUGAAGAAAAAUUCAUUCCAACGUCUCGGUGAUCAACCAUCUGAUGAACUUAUCGACAUUUUACUUCACGAUGAAGAGAAGCAUGAUAUGAGCAAUAUGUAUGGCAUGAUUGACGAUGAAGUUCGAUACUUAGCUGAUAGUCUGAAUGAAAUAGAAGUCAAUCCUAAAGUUCGAUUUCUUCAAACUGAAGAUGAUUACUAUCGUAUACGACGAACUUUUCCGAAAGCUGCCAUUCUUUUCACAAUCAGAUGGGAUUCAACAUCGAAGUUAGCACGACGAACAUUUCAUCGUCUAGCAUGGCAUCUGCAUACGUAUUUACCUAUGGUUGAGAUCGAUUGUUUCGAUUGGACAGAUCUGUGCGAAAAGGAGAGUAUUAUUCAGUGGCCAACAUUAAUUUUAGCGGAAAAUUUAACAGAAAGUAAAACAUAUCGAGGAAGUACAAAUGAACAAGAAAUGAAGUUAAAGUUAUUCCGAUUUGCUGUGAAUCAACCGUAUGAAAUCGUAGAUGAAUUGAUCACAAUGAACCUAUUGAAUUCUCAGCGUGUCAUUGUUCUGGCUAUGAUAAAACAUGAAGAGAAGUUUUUGUACGAAACUUAUAGAAAGCUAGUCGAUAUGUUUCGCGAUAACGAACAGAUCUUUUUUGUUUAUGAAUACACGACUGAAAGCUCAUCGUUGAUCAUCAAACAGACGUAUGGGGAUGUUAAAUCAUCGUUUGAGCCGAAAACAACGACUUAUCCGUUAGAUGAAGAUCUAAAUCAUCUGCAAAUAUUAAUUAACAAUGCUCUACGAAUUCAACUGAUUCCGUUCAAUCCAGUUGAUUUCCUUCAAUUAACAUCAAGAACAUUUAUUGCUGCCAGUCGUUCUCAACUCUCUCGAUUGAAUAACUAUUUCCAGUCAGAAGAUUCGAUUGAUGAGAUUCCCAUCGUUUGGAUCGAUACCAAUUCACCGUGGAUUCUUACUAUUAAUCAAUAUGGUGAUAUUGCCUACCCUGCAAUGAUUUAUAUUAACUUCUCGACGGGGCAUGUCUACGUGAAUACAACACUGACGGAUAUUGAUUUUUGGAUUAAAACCGCAAGACUGGGAUUAGUAACACCUUUUUACGAGUUACCCUCAAUGGAAACUAAUGACGGACCGACACAGGAAGCAAUUGAUUUCAUAAAUCAAAUGAAUGACGACCAAAUACUCGAAGAAUAUCGUUUGAUUCAUGAAGAAAGUGAAAAAAUCAACGAACAUGGAUUAGGAUUCGAUACGAAUGGUUUACCUCUGGAACCGAAUACUUAA